AUGUCAGCAGUCAAAGUCGCUUCUGCCCCGGUCUAUUUCGGAUCAUUUCUCGUGACACCUCAGGUCUUCUUUCAAACGCCACUAUCCUUUGCGCUUGUUAACCUUAAGCCAAUAUUACCGGGCCAUGUGCUCGUCUCACCACGCCGUGUUGUCCCCCGUGUCUCAGACCUCACAGCGGACGAAACUGCCGAUCUCUUCUUGACAGUCCGGCGCGUAGGCCGAAUGGUGGAGCGAGUAUACGGCGCCUCGAGUCUUAACAUUGCGGUACAAGACGGCAUAGAUGCUGGUCAAAGCGUUCCCCAUGUACACGCUCAUAUAAUUCCCCGAAAGCCGGCAGAUCUGAAUCACCGCGGCGGCACGGAUGCUGUCUACGACAUGUUAGAUGGAGAGGAGGGCGAUGUUGGCAAGGCGCUUAGAGAGGCUGAUGCCAUAGCAGCAGAUAGACCGAGGACAAGGACCCGGUUCCCCGUGGUAGAUAACGAAAAGCGCCAGCCUCGUACUGCAGAGGACAUGAAGGCAGAAGCUGACAAGCUGGCGCACGAGAUGGAGCAAGAGCCACUGGACUAA